ACAAAUGAAUGAGGAACAAUCCAGGAGCUAUAGCUUGAGGAAGAUGGAAGCUAGAUCAUGAAUUCGAGAAUUCUAGCUGAAAAAGCUAGAGAGUUUAGAGAGGAGAGAGAAGUUGUAUUUCAUUUGAUGAAUCCCAAAUGUACCUUUUACCACUGUGUAUAUAUACAGAUUGAAGUAAAAUGGAAUCAAUUACAAGAUGAAUCACUAGCAUCUCAACUAGAAUAGUAACUAACUAACAAACUGACUUCACAAAUUCAGUUACAACCCUAACUAUCUUCGACAAACUGAUCUAGCUUAGCAAUGCUCUAACCACGUCUGCCAGCUCAGCAUCUCUGCAUCUUCUGCUUCAUCUUAGCUGCUGCAUCGUCUAGGAUUGCAUCAGCGGGGUUGGGGGCAGAUGUCACUUUAGGUACAUGAAUUGAAGAUCAUUACAUAGUAUGGACACUCGAGUUUCUUUUAACUACGUCUUUGUUCUUUUCCUUUGGUGAAACGGAAAUGCAGAUUAAAUAUGCAGAAGUUAUUCUAGAUAGAAGUUCUUCUGUCAGCCGUCAAAGUAAAAGUUCCAUGUCUAGUAACAAGAAUUUCUAGUUCGCCAAAGACUUGGUUUUUUGUUUCUGUUAUCCCUUUGACUAACUUAUACUCUAAUUCUGCAUUCUGCUUAUAAUAGCAAUGACUAGUUACCCAAGCAAAGUCACAGGACUUCAUUUUGGGGGAGGGGGGAAGGUAACCAUUUAAACUUCUAUAUUUGUUGGGAUGCAGGUUUCAUACAAGUGGCUGAGUCGUAAUUUUCUGGUGUCAUCAGAUUCUGCAAAGAGGUUGCUUCAGGAAUUUGUCGAAAAGCAGGGAAAUGAUUUUGAGGUGGUCUACAGCUUGUCUGGCUGGUUGAAAACUAGCCCUUCAACCUACCAUAUAAGACUUGUCUCUGCUCCUAACCUCGCAGAAGCCAAGAAAGAAUUUUCGGACGAUUGCUCAGUUCAGGUCUAUAGUGUGCAAGCUUGCAUCCCAAAGGAUCCAGUGGCCCUCUGGAAUGCUGAAUUUGUGCAGGCCGAAGAGCUCUUCAGGCUGCCCCUCUCAGUUGAUAAUUGUUUGCUUGAUAAUAGGUUUUGUGGAGUUUCAAAUCCUUUCGUCAAGCGCAAUGGUGGAGGAACAAUUCCAAGCACUACCACUGUUCCUCAAGUGAAAAGUGCAGCAUUAGGACUUCGUAAAAGUAACUCUACUGCCCUAGCGCAACCUGAUCAGAAAAAGGUUCAACUACCAAGUCCUAGCGCCAGUUUGCCAUCUUCGCAUGUGGUUGAUGCCAAAAGUGAGAGUCGUGGCACAUCAGGUCCUGGACAGGGUAGUAAGCUUGCUGCAGAAAAAGACAAAGUUGCUCAACUGCCGGCUGCUAAGAAGGCAGUUCAGUCUGACAAAAGUUCUGCUAAAAAUGGCGGGGCAUUGGCUAAUAUGUGGGGUCGUGUAUCCACAAAGCCAAAAGCCGACAGUGUUGCAGCUGCUACCAGUGAUGCCACACCAAAUCCUGCUGGUAAUGCGGCUCAAAUAUGUACUCCGGAAGGAGUAGAAGAUAGGGUCAGCGAUGAUGAUGAUCAACAAGUCAGCAUCAGGAGAACAUCAAAUGGUGAGGGAAAUAGAAAGAGGAGGGUAAUUUUUGAUUUUUCGGAUGAAGAAGAUGAAUUCAAGGAUGCCGUCAACCUAGCAUCACCUGAUCCUCCAAAGCAGAAAUCGAUUUUAGGAUCAAAACAAAGUCCUAGUACUCUAGAACUGGAAAAGCAGGAAGUCAAGAAGGCAAAGGAGGCUGGCACCAAGAAUCAUGAACGAGAAAGAGAACCUUUACCUACCAGCGAAUCGGAGAAGUCUAAGUUGUCCUCUUCAGAGAUGAUUUCAGAACAUGCCAGUCUUAAGAAUGCAACUAUAAAGGAUGAAAUGGCAGAUGCUGCUCCAGUUUCCCCUAAAAGGAGAAAAGUAUUGAAGACACGAAUUGACGAACGUGGAAGAGAAGUGACCGAGGUUGUUUGGGAGGGUGAAGAUGGAGAAACAAAUGCUGACAGUAAUACAAUGAAGAAAGCUGACAACAAACCAGUUAAAAGUACUGGUGACAGACCACCCAUGGCUAAGAAGUCUCCCGCACUGGCAAGUACUGCACCUACGCGUCAAGCAGGUAAAGAAGGAAACAAAAAAACAGGAAAUAAGGAUCCUAAGCAAGGGAAUAUUCUAUCAUUUUUUAAGAAGGCUUAGAGAUUCAAUUUUCAGAAGUUACCGUUUUAGGUUAGCCAGUUGUUCUUCGAAAUUUGGAUUGGUUCGUCUAUGCAUGGCUUUUAUUCAGUUACAGUUUGGAUCUCUUUCUUGUACGUAUUGCCUGUUUCUGCAUGACUUGUGACACUUCACUGUCUGUAAUAUUUACACUUAUAGUAAUCGAAAAGUGGCGUCUCCUUCUUCCGUUAUACAUUCUGUAUACAAAGACAUAGCAUUUCUUGUGUAAACUAAGAGGUGAUUUUCUCA